AUGACAGCACUCCGCCUUGAUGCACAUGCUUCCGUGGAUGGGAGGUUGGAGCAGGCUGAACUCUACAGCUGGCUCACCACCACCACCUUUGCACCUUCCAAGCAGGCCGCUCUGGACUUUAUUGUCAAGUUCAAUCGGAACUUCAAGAGGUACAAUGACGCCGUCAAGGCCAAGACUGAGCGCAUCACUGAGGAAACCAAGAAGACACUACUCUAG